CAGGUGGAAACGCAGGCAGAUCGCCGACUAACAAUGUUAGCAUCCGGCUUUAGCAAUGCGACUCUCACUAAAUAUACUCUCGUCUUCAUUGUCUCGUCCUCCAUUGCGGUGAGCAUCGCAGACACGAAGUAUCUCUUCUACAUCCAAGUCGUGCCGCAUCUAUGGAGCUACUGGCAAUGGUGGAGGGUUUUAAUCUGGCAGAUGUGCUACACCAAUUCUACAGAAGUUCUGCAGGCAUGUAUGGUUCUCUACAAUCUGCGCGUGGUGGAACGAUUAUGGGGAACAAGGAAGCUUGCUAGCUUCAUCGUCUCGACACUUCCCUAUACUACCCUCCUCCCGCCUCUACUGCUAUCCCUUCUCCUCCGACCCCUCACCCUAAACACCCUCAACUACCUCCCCGCCGGCCCAACCGCAAUCCUCUUCGCCCUUUUGGCCCAAUAUCACGCUGCCAUUCCAACAACCUACAAAUAUCACAUAUCUACCUCCACCGGCGCUUCCAAUUCCCAGGCCCUAACCCUCCGCUUCAGCGACAAAUCCACAGUCUACUUCCUCGCCUUCCAGCUCUCCCUCUCCCAGUUCCCACACUCCCUCCUCCCUGCAGCCGUAGGCUGGAUAAUUGGCUGCGCCUGGCGUGCAGAGCUUCUCCCGGGCCGGUUCUCCUCUCCGUCCUGGCGGAUUCCACCCUGGGUCUACGGCGGUCAGGAAAGUGCGUUUGAUCGACGUCAGCGCAGUGACAUUAUAGGACAAACCCAAACAUCACACGGAUCAGAGGCAGAGCGCUACGAAGGGCUGCGGCGACGAUUAGAGGGCGAGAGUCGUGCUGCUGCAGCGGCGACGGGGGAAAGAGUCCGCGGAAGUGGAAGUGGAGUUGACGGUGGGGAUACGCAGCGACGGGGCCCGUUGGCCGGACAGAUAUUAGAUCGAUUUCGAGGGGCGUUUUAGAUAAAAUCGACUUUUAAGCCGUACGGCUAUUGCACUUAUUAUAGAUGGCCUUUUCAUUUUCC